AUGCUCGAACGCAACGCGUUCUCGGACGUGCGCCUCUGGCCCCGCGGCGUGGACCUGGAGCAGUUCGGCCCCUCGAACCGGUCCCAGACCCUGCGCGAUAUCUGGGGUGUCGGCCCCGCGCCCAUCGCGCCCCUCCCUCCCUCCCCCGUGGCGCUUAAGAAGCUCGCGCACGGCCUACCCCCGACGCCGCCCAUGAGUCCCGUGGUCGUCCCCGCUGCUCCGUCCCUCGCGUCCAUAGUGAUCUCGACUCCAGCGACCUCUUCGCCUCUGACGCCGAUCUCUCCCGCGCAGUCGACCGCCAGCUCCGUGGCCGGGGACGAGAAGCCGGACCUCGUGAUCCUCUAUGUCGGCCGGCUGUCAUGGGAGAAGAACCUCUCCCUCCUCCUGCACGCGUACUCUCUGCUGCCCAGUAGGCCGAAGCUCGUCUUCGUCGGCGACGGCCCCGCGCGCGCCGAUCUCACAGCGCUCUGCGAGAAGCACGGCUACGACGCGCUCUUCACGGGCCAUCUCUCCGGCCCAGCGCUGGCGGCAGCCUACGCGUCCGCCGACGUAUUCGCCUUCCCGAGCUUCACCGAGACAUUCGGGCAGGUCGUGCUCGAAGCCCUCGCGUCGGGGUUGCCCGUCGUCGGUCUCGACGCAGAGGGCACGCGCGACCUGGUCGCGCACGGGCACACGGGUCUCCUCCUGCCCAUGCCGAUGGGGCCGGGAGAACAGGCCAAGGGCAAGGCGGACCUGAAGGGCGGCUGGGCGUCGGCGUGCAAGAAUCUCGACGCGGACUCGCGUCUGGUGCAGACGUAUGCCAGUCUGCUAGCGAGCGUGCUGCGGGACGGGGAGAUGCGCCGCCGCAUGUCCGCGAAUGCGGCGACGGACGGCAUCAGGGGCUUCACGUGGUGGGACGCGAUGGAGGCGUGUGUGGACAGUUAUCGCGAGAGCAUCCGUGCCGCGCGUCGCCAGCGCACCGUCGACAUUACCGUCUCGUCCCCGCCGCCCACGUCCGCCCCCUACUCGCCCUACUCGCCCUUCUCCGCCAGUCUGUAUCUCAACUCGACCCCCGCCUCCAGCGUACCCACCAGCACCACGCCAGCCGCCGACCCCGCCUUCAGCCCCACCCUCAGCCCGAACAUGCCCCCGCGCCAGCGCCGGCACGAGGCCAAGCGUAUCUCGCGCGUCAACCGUGUGGUUUCGCGCCGGUUGGCGCGGAAGGAGCACGAGGACGGCCCCGCCGCGCUCGCGCUCAAGACGCUCGCCAAGCUUGCCCUCGCGCUCGGAGUCGCGUAUUGGGUCUGGACGCGGCAUCUGGGCCAGAUGGGAAGGGAGCUGGGGUGGGACGAGGUGUUCCGUCUCAAGGCGUGA